CCUCCACAGACAGCGAGCGUGAGUCUCCGGCUUCUCAAAACACAGUGAAGCGUUUAAAAGGCUGAAGCAUGCAACGUGGUGAAGGUUAAAGAGGGCGGAUCACUGCUGGACUCCCUGCUGUCCUGCACCCCCGGGGUCGCGCUUUCUUUGUAGUGAACACCCUCCUUUUUUGUUGUUGCCAAAAUCUUAUCAGAUAUCCUGAAAAUGGAUCCUUUACAAAACGGGAAUAAUUGUGAGGAAGACUCGCCCUGUGCUGAGGAGGAAGAAGAAGUGGAUCCAAGAAUCCAGGGAGAGCUGGAGAAGUUGAACCAAUCUACAGAUGACAUUAACCGCUGGGAGAGUGAAUUGGAGGACUGCCGCCAGCGGUUUCGUGCAGUGCUAGUGGAAGCGACAGUGAAGCUGGAUGAGCAGGUGAAGAGGAUCGGACGAGCCGUGGAUGACUCUAAACCGUACUGGGAAGCCCGCAAAGUAGCAAGACAGGCCCAGGUUGAAGCCCAAAAGGCCACCCAAGAGUUCCAGCGGGCUGUGGAAAUUCUGCGGGCAGCCAAGGAGACAAUUGCCCUGGCCGAGGAGAGGCUGCUGGAGGAGGACAGCCGCCAGUUUGACUCAGCCUGGCAGGAAAUGCUUAACCAUGCCACGCAGAGGGUGAUGGAGGCCGAGCAGGCGAGAACACGCAGUGAAGCUGAACACAAGAAAACAGCAGCUAAUUACAACUCAUGUAUCAGCCACAUGAGGCAGUUAGAGAAGAAACUCAAACGCUCCAUCAACAAAUCCAGACCGUAUUUUGAACUGAAAGCCAAGUAUUAUCUCCAGCUUGAGCAACUGAAGCGUCAUGUGGACGAGCGUCAGGCCAAACUUGUGGUUGCUAAAGCUGAGUACCGUGCAGCGCUGCGCAAUCUGGAGAGUAUCUCAGAGGAGAUCCAUGCCCAGCGGCGCUCCCUUGCCAUGGGAACCAGGGAGCAGGGUGUUGGUGCAGAAGGAGACGGCGGCAACGAGGAUAUUUCCAACUUUAAGAUGGAGUCAGAUGGUCUGUCAAUGGUGUCAGUAUCGAUCGACGGAGAGGUCAGCUCAGAGGAAGAUGCCGACACCCACUCCACCUCCUUACCCCAAGACAUGCCCUCCUCACCUUCCUCCACCUCCACCCCCCUUGACAUGCCCUGUUCUUACCCCUCCUCCUCGCUCUACACCCCUUGUUCCUACCUCCCUUCCUCUCCCUCUUCCUCCACUCUCUCCUCCUCAUGUCCCGGUGAUCUGGAGUUGUUGAGCCCCUGUAGCUCUCAUGACCCAGACUCAAUAUGCGGAUCUGGGCAUGCCUCACCUCUCCUGGGCCCUCGCAGCCAAUGCAGUGGUGCCUCCUCUCCAGACUGUGACCAGGAGAGAGGUGACAGAGCAGAGGGAGCGGAGGCCACACUAGAAGCCGGUCUGAACAAGCUGACCUUGACUGUAGCACAAAAACAAAAAGGGGACUCGGGGGAUGAACAAGACCCUGACUUCAUGAGCCCUGAAAUCUCCUCUUCGAGCACAGCCAAUACCAUUCUGUUACUCAACAGUGUCUAACGAACGUCUGUCAUACUUAAAAACACUCUCUGUGCCCAGCUUCAAGCCUCAGAAUGGACUCAAUGGCUGAAGAUGUGGAGCAGAACAGGCUAAAGUGCUCACCGGCACGAUGAGAGAACAAACUGCACACUCACAGCUCCAACCAACCUGACAUUUUGUCACAGUAUUCAUCAGAUGGUGUCACAUUAAAGGUGCCAUACGUAGUGUAUUUAAACAUCAGUGUAUCGUUGUCAGAUGACUUGUUAAUCCUUGUGGAUGCAUUGUAAACAAACAAGAGCAGGACCAUGGGUUAUUGGUGAUGUGUAUUUCACACCAGUGUAUUAUUUGUGUGGGUAUUAGUAGUGCUAGUGUUACUCAAAAUACUACAUUUCCCAUAAACCUCCUUGCUUCAUGUUGCAAAGAUGUUUCCUGAUUUCCAUAGCUCUGUAUCUGCUAAGGGAAGACUGUGUUCUUCUUCUUUUGUGCCAUAAAAUCUCUUCGUGUUUGGGAAAUUUCUUGUUCAUGGUGUAGAAGCUGCCAGUCCUCUCAGCAAUGGUUUAGCUUGUUUACAGCUUUCUAGUCAUGUGUCAAAGCUAACGUGGUUACCUUUUAUUGAUGUUAAAAUGCUACGGCUGGCGCCACUAAGAAACAUUUUGUAUUAACGUGAGCAAUGAGCCUCUUUUUUGGCUCUCAUGAGUACAGGAUCAAAAUGGGAGUAAAGAAGCUGUCAGAUGUCGGAUUACGUCUUGUUUUGCCUUGAUUUUUGAACUCCACUUUUAAAUCCUAGAUGUCAAAUUGAAAUGUAGGAUUUGAAGAAAUAGAUGUGAAGGAGGAAAGAGG